GGGGAUCCUGGGGGUGUGACGGCCCGGAGUCUAAGAGACUGGGCGUGACGGGGCCGGAAAGUGGCGGGAGGGGGCCGAACCGGAGCCGGCGGGAGGGCCAGGCCAGAGGCCCCCAACCUGGCUUGCCCGCCCCGGCCGCGGCUGAGGAGGAAGAGGAGGAUGAUCUCCAGAUACACUCGGAAGGCGGUGCCACAGAACUUGGAGCUGAAAGGAAUAACAAAACAUUCUCUUAAUCAUCAUCCCCUUCCAGAGCAGCUGGGUGCAAUUUCCUCUACCAAUGACAGCCAUGAAAAAGACAUAAGUUCCCAAAGUGAGUCUGACAUCACACAAGAAUCACCUUGUACAUCAGCUGACACUGGGAAUUCAAGGUCUGCUUUUCCAAGUUAUACAGGCACAGGGAUCUCUACUGAAGGCAGCUCGGACUUCUCCUGGGGAUAUGGUGAACUUGAUCAAAAUGCCACUGAAAAAGUCCACGCAAUGUUCACAGCCAUUGACGAGCUCUUGUAUGAGCAGAAGUUGAGUGUACAUAUUAAAAGUCUACAAGAAGAGUGCCAACAGUGGACAUAUAGCUUUCCUCACCUCAGGAUUCUGGGUAGGCAGAUAAUCACUCCAAGUGAAGGUUAUGGACUGUACCCUAGAUCCUCUUCUGCUGUUUCAGCUUCACAUGAGGCAACACUGUCUCAAGAAAGAGAUUCUACUAUAUUUGGUAUUAGGGGAAAGAAGUUACAUUUUUCAUCUUCAUAUGCUCCUAAAGCAUCUUCCAUUGCCAAAUCUCCUAGCUUGUGUUCUAUGGAAAGAGAAGAGGAAGACUGUAUAAUCUUCUCAGAAGGAAUAAUAGAGGAAUACCUAGCAUUCGACCACACAGAUAUGGAAGAGGGGUUUCAUGGAAAGAAAUCAGAAGCAGCUACAGAGAAACAGAAAUUAGGGUACCCACCCAUUGCUCCAUUUUACUGCAUGAAAGAGGAUGUCCUUGCUUAUGUGUUUGACGAUGUGUGGAGCAAGGUCCUAAGCUGUAUGGAGGAGCUGACACGUAGUCACUGGGAGGGAUUUGAUUCUGAUGAUGACAGUAAUGUUGCAAUAACCAGACCAGUUUCAGAAAGCCCCUGUGUGCUGAAUGAACCACAACCUUUGGUCUUACCUCGAGUGCCACAGUCUAAGGUGCUGUCCAUCACCUCAAAUCCGAUGAGUCUCUGUCAAGCAGCAAGUGGUCAUCAGCCAAAUGUGAAUGGUCUCUUGGUUCAUGGGAUGCCUCUACAGCCAAGAAAUCUCUCCCUAAUGGACAAGCUCCUAGAUCUUGAUGACAAGCUACUUAUGAGGCCUGGGUCCAGUACCAUCCUUUCAACUCGAAAUCGGCCAAAUCGAGCCCUGAAGCUUAGUACAUCAUUUCUGUCAUAUACAGUGCAGUCCGCCAGGAGACGCAAUCCCCCACCACGUACCCUUCAUCCCAUCAGCACAAGCCAUUCACACGCUGGAACACCAAGACCUAUGGAAGAAAUACUCAGAGGAGCCCAAGUCCCAGUGGCGGCCGACUCACUCUCUCCCUCACCACUGCUCCUGAGUCGAAAUAAUCUGCUGCCACCUAUUGGCACAGCUGAAGUGGAACACUUGAGCACUGUGGGGCCACAAAGGCAAACGAAAACCCAUGGCGAUUCCAGUCGAGCUCGAAGUGCAGCGGUGGAUGAGCCUAACCAUCAGCAGCCCCACGAGAGGCUCCUUUUACCAGACUUUUUCUCCAGGCCCAACACAACUCAGUCAUUUUUGCCGGACACACAGUACCGUCGUUCAUGUGCUACUGAGUAUCCUCAUCAGGCCCGACCUGGUAGGGGAUCUGCAGGAACAGGUCCUCACUUACAUGGAUCUACAAAAUCUCAAAACAGAGGUGGACAAAUCACUAGAACCAGGCAGGGACCAUAGGGCAAGUGAGAAGAACCUGCCUCAGGCUGCAGGGAACAUGUGGGAAGAUUUCACAAAUCAGCGUUCAGUCAUCUCGUGAUGCAGAGCUUGUAAACAGGAGACAACUUGAAACUAUCUUCAUGAAAGGUUAUUUUGGUACAACAGACUGAGAACAGUUAUCAGCCAAAGAUUACAUGGGUACUGUUUCUAUCUCCAGUUUCUGUCUUCUUUCAGCAUAAGUUAACCAUUUCACUGGACAGUAAAAAUUGUACCCAAAGAUGUAACAAAAGAGUAAUAUCCUCCAAA